CGCUUGCUCCCGACCUUGGAAGAACUUGAAGAUUGUUUUUAAACUGGCAAAAGUCGUUUUGCUGCCUCCGCAAGUCCACCGAACGGAAACCGGAAGCCUUGCCGGAACUGGCAGCGUAUCGUCCAAUCCCGUCCCCGCUUUUAAACCCGGCCUUCCGAAUUCGGCGCCGGCCACUCCCGGUGCCGCAUUUCCGUUCCGGCACGGACUCGGCAGGCGACAUGGCAACCACCUUCGACAGCGACCGGGCUGCGGCCUGCACCACCACCGACACUGCCACCACCACCACCACCAGCACCAGCAGCAGCACCACCGGCAGCACCACGCUUCCCUCGCCCCCCUUCAUCGACGCCCCCGGCCUCGCCAAUCUGCGCGAUGCAGGCGGCUACGCCCUGAGCAGCCAGCCGGGCAAGGCCAUCCGGCGGGGCGUGCUGUACCGCUCCGCCGACCUGACGCGGCUCGACAGCGGCGGCAGGGCGGCCCUCCGCCGGCUGGGCAUCACCCGCGUGUUCGACCUGCGCUCGGCCGCCGAGCUGGAGAAGCACGACGCGGUCCAGCAGCAGCAGCAGAACCCGCCGGGGGGGUGGGCGUGGGAGGGCGCCACCCGCGUCUUCGUCCCCGUUUUCUUGGACAAGGACUACAGUCCUGAAGCGCUGGCGUGGCGGUUCCGGAAUUAUAGCGAUGGGCCGCAGGGCUUCGUCAAAGCGUACUCGGCCAUCCUCGCCGCCGCGGCCGAGCCCGACCAUCCGUACGCGCCAUUCCGGACGGUCCUCGAGCACUUUGCCUCGCCGAGCAGCCCCCCUGAGCCGGUCCUGGUGCACUGCACCGCCGGCAAGGACCGAACGGGCGUGCUCGUGGCGCUGAUCCUCUCGCUCUGCGGGCUCGACGACGCCGCCGUCGCGCACGAGUACAGCCUGACCGACCUCGGGCUGGCGUCGCGCCGGGAGGAGAUCGUGCGGCAUCUGAUGCAGGGCGAGACGCUGUUUGGGGACCGCGAGCGGGCUGAGCGGAUGGUUGGCGCGCGAAAGGAGAACAUGCUCGAGACGCUGGCCCUGAUCCGUGAGAGGUACGGCUCCGUCGAGGGCUACGUCAUUGAUCACCUCGGGCUGUCGCCAGCGAGCGUGGAGCAGAUCCGGAAGAACCUGGUCGUAGACAUUGCCGAGGGCGAAGAGCCGUUGGACUGGAGAAGCCUGGCCGGGCUGAACGGGGAACCGCAUCGAUAA